UUAAAAAAGGGGAAUAGUACUUAUCUCUUUUAUUAUAAUAUUAAAACGAAACGACUAAGUAAUAAAUUAAAUUAUAAAAAACUUAGACCUUUCGAAAUUAUUAAAAGAGUCUUACUAAUUAAUUAUAAAUUAAAACUACUAAAUACGAUAUAA